CUUUUCUCUGUUUGAGCAGCAUGAACAGCAUCCUACUUGUCACCUUGUUGGUGUUCCUCGGAACACAAGGCUAUGAUCAUCAAUCUCAUGCCUUGACCCUCAAAAUCAAACACCAUCCCUUCCCCUUCCCCAAUAUCCCCAACAAAGCUUCUGCUUCUGCUUCUGCGCCAGUGACAAGGGUAUUCUCUGGCCUCUUCUAUACCCACCUGUAUGUCGGAACUCCGCCCGUGAAAGUCAACCUGGCCGUUGACACCGGCAGCAGUCCCACAUGGGUCCAGUCUGCCCACUGUACGGAGUGCUUCCAAGUUUCGUUGCCCAAUUUCGACCCCAACAGUUCGCUCACUUUCCAGCCUAUGCCCUCCGACCAUCCACUCUGUCACGGUACAUGGCUUGCUCCGAUGGGAAAUUUAUGCAAGUACGGGAUUGAAUACCUCGGAAACCAGGUCACUACAGGUGACUUCGGCCUCGACACCUUCUACUUCACCACGACUCCAAACGACCAAGUUGGGCAGCAGCAGCGGCAAACACAAAUCCAUAAUGUGGCAUUUGGCUGCGGUAUCAUCAACCGCAUCCCUGAUUUUGCCGGAGAUGCCCAUCAUGCCAAUCCAAUGUCUGGAGUUCUGGGGUUGGGGAGGGAUGAUCCCUCCAGCUUCCUACUCCAGCUGAACGAUAUCACGUUGCUGAAAUUCUCCUACUGCCUGCCGAGACGUGUUGGAGACGAGGCGUCUCUGUUUUUCGGCGAAGAGGCAGAGCUCAAAGUUCCUGCGGGUCAAAUCCCAACAACACCAAUUGUGGGGCCAUCAGAUGAGCCCUAUUAUUUAAACAUGACGGGUAUAAGCUUGAAUGGAUCCAUUCUUCCAAUCGAUCCGAAGCUGUUUACAUCCGACGGCGACUAUGGAGUUGUUAUAGAUUCGGGGUCUCAGUACUCUCUGUUCGUGGAAGCAGUUUAUCAAGUCGUGCGGAAGGCAAUGGUCUCGUACUUUAUGGAUGAGUGGCUGUUGCAGCCUCUGGCUCCCAACAAAACUAGGUCCAAAAUAGACCUUUGCUAUGACAUCACAGACAUAGCAGCGGCAGCAGCAGGACGUAGAGGCGGGCUGUUUUCGGUUGCGCCGCCGAUGGUGUUUCAGUUUGAUGGCGCCAGCCUUGAGCUGAACCACGAGACGACCUUCCAAAUUUUUUACGAAUUCAAUGAAUUCUGCCUGAUGAUAGAAUCAGCGAACAAAUUUGAAUCCACAAACAUCUUCGGAGCAUUCCAGCAGUUCAACCACAGAUUUGUAUAUGAUGUUGGGGCAUCCAAGUUGUCAUUUUUCCCAGAAAAAUGCUGAUCAGUUGAUGCUAAUAUUAUUAUGUCUAAAUAAAAAGAAGUCAUCAACGAUCGAUCAUGGUGCUGCAGCUGUACGGUUAAUUAUUAAUCUCCAGAACCAGAAAUACUAGGCAUGUGUUUUAAUAAUUCUAUUUUAUCAGUCUAAUCUAAGUCUUUUAUUGUUGUGCUUAAUUAAUAUGGAUGGAUGCCUCAUGUCAUGUCAUGAAUGAAUCAGUUUAUGAAUGGUUAAAUCAUUGUUGUUUUGUUAUGUUAUGUUAUCAAGGGCAUUGCAAUGUGCAGUGAUAACAAGGACACUGAGAUGGAGGCAUUAU